AUCGCUGCCUGCAGUGUUUGCUCAAGCUUUGUGCCAUUACACUGAAUGGGAUCCCGUUCCGUUACCUACUGCUGACUGUGGCUCCCCCAGCCCCUCACAUCCCAGCACUGGGACUCCACCUUUUCUGCUCUGCUCCUGCCUUCUACCUAGGGGUCUGUGAGGAGCGCCUCUGUCUGCGUCUACGUCUCGGCCUGUGUUUGACCAGACGGAAGCAUAGCGCCGAGUGAGAGAACUGGGAGUCAUUGGUAUUGUACUUUCUCCCCGCUCCUCUGAUUUGUACCUAUCUGUGUGUUUUGCUGAAGGACCUUGCCGUUCCUAAGGACUCUGAUACCAUUCUUCUCACUGACGUGGAAUAUGGAAGUGUUGAGGUGAACAUGGGGUCCCUACUGUCACGGUUGGGCCUGGAGUGUGGCGGGAAGGCUGUGAAAGAAGAAGAAAGACACCUACGAGCAAAUGACAGAGAACUCAACUUGUCUUACAAGUACUCUGACAAUGCCAUCAAAACCUCCAAAUACAACAUAUUCACCUUUCUCCCGCUCAAUCUGUUUGAGCAGUUCCAGAGACUGGCCAAUGCCUACUUCCUCUUCCUCCUCUGUCUCCAGAGCAUCCCAGAGGUCUCGUCCCUGCCCUGGUACACCACCGUGGUCCCCCUGGUCCUGGUGCUCUCCAUGACCAUGGCCAAGGACGGCAGCGACGACAUGAACAGACACAGAUGUGACAAACAGGUGAACAACCGGCAGGUGGAGGUCCUCGUUGAAGGAGAACUACAGAGUGAAAAGUGGAUGGAUGUUCAAGUUGGGGACAUCGUCAAGCUAGAGAAUAAUCAGUUUGUCACGGCUGAUCUUCUGUUGCUGUCCAGCAGUGAGCCUCUCAAUCUUGUCUACAUAGAAACUGCUGAACUAGACGGAGAAACUAACUUGAAGGUGAAGCAGGCCCUGACUGUGACAGGGAAGCUGGAGGAUAGCGUAGAGAAACUGGCCAACUUCAAUGGCGAGGUGCACUGUGAGCCUCCCAACAACCGCCUAGAUAAGUUCACUGGCACCCUGACCCUGAAGGGAGAGACGUACUCACUGGACAACGAGAGGAUACUGCUGAGAGGUUGCACUCUGAGGAACACCCAGUGGUGCUUCGGCCUGGUCGUCUUUGGAGGUCCAGACACAAAGCUAAUGCAGAACUGCGGAAGGACCACAUUCAAACGGACCAGCAUUGACCGCCUCAUGAAUGUGCUGGUGCUGAGUAUCUUUGGUUUCCUGAUGAUUAUGUGUUUAUUCCUGGCCAUUGGGAAUGGGAUCUGGGAAUACCAGGAGGGCUCUAAGUUCGCUGCAUUCCUGCCCAAGGGGGUUAACGCUCCCUUCUCAGCCUUCCUCACUUUCUGGUCCUAUGUCAUCAUUCUCAACACUGUGGUGCCUAUCUCUCUCUAUGUCAGUGUGGAGAUAAUUCGCCUGGGGAACAGUUUCUACAUAAACUGGGACAGGAAGAUGUAUUAUCCCAAGAAUGACACGCCUGCCGAGGCCAGGACCACCACGCUCAAUGAGGAGCUGGGCCAGAUCAAAUACAUCUUCUCUGACAAGACUGGAACACUCACACAGAACGUCAUGACCUUCAACAAGUGCUCCAUCAACGGAAAGGCCUAUGGGGAGUUGUUGGACUUCUCAGGACAAAGAGUUGAGAUUAAUGAGAAAACAGAGAAGGUGGACUUCUCUUGGAACAACUUGGCAGACCCAAAGUUCUGUUUCCAUGACAACAGCCUGGUGGAGGUUGUGAGGGAUGGCAACCCUGAGGUGCAGGCCUUCUUCCGCCUGCUGGCACUGUGCCACACCGUCAUGCCCGAGGAGAAGAAGGAGGGUGAGUUGUACUACCAGGCCCAGUCACCAGACGAGGGUGCUCUGGUCACAGCGGCCAGGAACUUUGGCUUUGUGUUCCGCUCUCGUACGCCAGAGAGCAUCACUGUGGUGGAGAUGGGAGAGCUGGUCACCUACGAGCUGCUGGCUGUUCUGGACUUCAACAACGUACGCAAGAGGAUGUCGGUCAUCGUGCGCAGUCCAGAGGGCAAGCUGACUCUGUACUGUAAGGGAGCAGACACCAUCAUCUUCGAGAGACUGAACCCUUCCUGCAGCAACCUAACGGAGGUCACCACCUUGCACCUCAAUGAGUUUGCUGGAGAGGGUCUGCGUACACUGGCUCUGGCCUAUAAGGACAUAGACCCAGAGUAUAUGGAGGAUUGGAAACUGCGCCACCAUGUGGCCAACACUGCCAUGGACGAAAGGGAGGAGAAGCUGGAUGCGCUGUAUGAGGAGAUAGAGAAAGGCCUGCUGCUGUUAGGAUCCACUGCCGUAGAGGAUAAACUACAAGAUGGAGUGCCCCAGACCAUCGAACAGCUGUCCAAAGCUGACAUCAAGAUCUGGGUGCUCACUGGAGACAAGCAAGAAACAGCAGAGAACAUUGGCUACUCCUGCAACAUGUUGAGAGAGGAGAUGAAUGAGGUUUUCAUUGUGUCGGCAAACACAGCAGAGGAAGUCAGAAAGGAACUCCAGACUGCGAGGAGGAAGAUGACACCUGAUGGAACAGAGGAACCUACUGUCAAGAAGAGUAGAAGUGGCCUGUUUUGUCUUCAAAAGACGGAGACGGUGGCGGAUGAGCCAGUGAAUGGAGAGUAUGCUAUGGUGAUUAACGGACACAGUCUGGCAUUCGCCCUGGAGAAGGACAUGGAGAUAGAGCUGCUGCGGACGGCGUGUAUGUGUCAGACAGUGAUCUGCUGCAGGGUGACUCCACUGCAGAAGGCCCAGGUGGUGGAGCUGGUGAAGAAGUACAAACAGGCCGUGACUCUAGCCAUCGGCGACGGGGCCAACGAUGUCAGCAUGAUCAAGGCUGCUCAUAUAGGGGUGGGUAUAUCAGGUCAGGAGGGUAUGCAGGCGGUGCUCUCCAGUGAUUACUCCUUCGCUCAGUUCCGCUACCUACAGCGCCUCCUGCUGGUACACGGCCGCUGGUCCUACCUGAGGAUGUGCAAGUUCCUGCGCUACUUCUUCUACAAGAACUUCACCUUCACCUUUGUCCACUUCUGGUACGGCUUCUUCUGCGGUUUCUCAGCACAGACGGUAUUUGACGAGUGGUUCAUCACCUUGUUUAACCUGGUUUACACAGCUCUACCUGUGCUCAGCUUAAGUCUUUUUGACCAGGAUGUGAAUGACUGGUGGAGUUUCCAGUACCCCCAGCUUUACACCCCAGGCCAGCUGAACCAGUACUUCAGUAAGAGGGCCUUUGUCUACACGGUGUUACACAGUGGCUACAGCUCCCUGGUCCUCUUCUUCAUUCCCUGGGCAGCCAUGUACGACACGGUCCGAGACGACGGCAAAGAAAUUGUGGACUAUCAGUCCUUCGCCCUGCUGGCCCAGACCUGCCUGCUCAUCGCCGUCAGCAUACAACUGGGUCUGGACACCCAUUAUUGGACAGCAAUGAACCAGUUCUUCCUGUGGGGCAGUCUGUCUGUGUACUUUGCUGUCAUAUUCACCAUGUACAGCAAUGGCAUGUUCCUCACGUUAACCUCCUCCUUCCCCUUCAUUGGCACAGCCAGGAACUCCCUGAACCAGCCCAACGUGUGGUUGACCAUGCUACUCACCACCGUGCUCUGUGUGCUUCCCGUGGUGGCAUACCGCUUCCUGCGCAUUCUGUUGUGGCCCACCAUCAAUGACAAGGUGAGGUACAAGGUGAGACAGGACAAGGUGCUGCCCGCUACCCCUCGCCGUGUCCAAGCCCGCCGCACCAGUACCCGCCGUUCAGGCUAUGCCUUCUCCCACGCCCAGGGCUACGGUGACCUGGUGACCUCAGGCAAGUUUCUGCGGAGGACCCCAAAGAGCCGGCCAGCCCUCUUCUCCCAGACAGACUCCCCAUUGGCCCAGACCCAGCCUCAGUUCUACCGCACCAUCAGCGAGCGGGAGGAGCCACCACUGAGUCCCUAGGACUGAUGACCUAACAAGCACACCGUGUUCAGGUCAUUAAGUCUGAAAACACUGACUCAAUCCAUUCCAAACAUCUAUCAAAUAUCAAUCAGCCAUGUUUCUUUAAAAGACUUCAACACUUGAGUCUGAUUUCCACUGAUGUGAGGAUGUGUAACAUUCUUUGUCAGGAUUUUUUUUUAAAUACAAGGACAACCCCAAGCCUGAAUUCAGCAUUUAUUGCUAGGCAUAGAAUUAAGAAUGAAAAUACUGUAAUUUAAUAGGAUCUCUAUGGUGCCUGGCUUAGAUGUAUGUGUAAGCACUUGUAACUGUGAAAAAACUAUUUGUGAAACAGCAAAAAUAUCAUGCUGGGCAUUAGUCAAAGUGAUAAUUAUGUGGUAUUAUGUUCAAGAUUUUACAAUGCAGAUUUAUAAUAUGUUUUAUUAUAGAUGUAUACAUGAAAUGUAGUUAUUAUUGAGUCAUAAUGGUGUUAUUAUACAAUUUGGUGAGACUAAAAUGAUCUUGUUGAAUCUUAGACCUUUGAAUAUUGUUCAACUGACAUUCUAGUGAACUGUGUACUCGGGGUCUUGCAUUGAGUUAUUUAUAAUACAUUCGAUUAUUAUUUAAGAUAUCAUGGGUGCAUUAUGUCAAUCAUAGCCUAUAUCUGACUAACUGACAUAGUAUAUGUAUUUUUGUAAUAUUAAGUUGUCAUAUUUUUUUAAAUCUGAGAAUAAUGUAAUUUGUUUAAUGUAUGUAUGGCCGUUAUUGUAUGGCAAUGUGAAAUGAUUCUCAAUCACUGAAACUCUAAUCAUAGACACUCUCCAAUAUGAUUUCAAGUAUGUACUUUUUCAGCAUUGUAGGCUACAGCCAUAAUACAUGUUUGAUAUUUUUGUAUUCCUUUUGUUGUUGCGAUUGUUGUUUUUAGUCAUUGAUUAUUUUCAAGUAGACUAGUCUAAAUAGCCUACAUGUAUUUCUAUUCGCUAUUGUUAUUGUUGGAAACGGCUUGAGUGGCAAGUCCUGCGCUGUGCGCAUUGGAUAGACACGUUGUGACGCAAAUAAACUGUAUACCGCUGA